CGCACGCGCAUCAUUCCCUGCCUCCCUCGCCCUAUACCUUUAUUAACACUCACACUGUUUCACUAGCUGCUGCAUGUUUCUCGCCUCUUCAAUCACUCAAUGAAUCGACCAUGACAUGGAAGCUCUAAUCUACAAUGAGUCGCCUAUAGCCGAGUAUCUUGAAGCAGAUGCUGUGCCGUUCGAAGCCGCCGAUCUUCCUCAAACUCCUCCACGAACAUUCGCUCCCCAAGGUCUUCCAAAACUUCAAGAACGCCUGCGAGCCUUUCGUCAAUCCGCCAGUUCGGCCACCGACGUCGCGAACGAGAAGUUUCUAGAGCGAUUUCGUUACACUAUCGUUGCCUCCCAACUCCUCCAAGAUGACCCAAAGCCCAGGAGGCAUAUGCAAGAUGAUGAACAGACACUUCAGACAACCGCCUUCUCGACAAGAGGUGCUAUUAUGACCGCGGGGAUUUCGUUUCUGAUAGCAUGGUUUCUACAAUUCCUGAGGCGGCGUUAUCAGAAUCAAGAAUCUGUUGCGUGGUCUGAAAUAUGCCUCUCUCUGCUCCUCAUCCUAGGGGGUCUUUUUGUGACUGCGUACAUUGCACGCCGGCAAUAUCUGGAGUUCAUCAGGCGUUCUGCGGGUUUGUCACUGGCGAAAGUGGUUGCAGAAUCAUACAACCUUGACACCGUGACUUCCGCAGGACUGCGCUUCAUACAAGAGGUGGAAGUGGUUUCACGAGGCUACGAGAUAAGUCACCCUAUGCCACCUAUCAGCAGGCUCGAAGACCACAAUGCAACAUCUCGCUGUCGAGAACUCCGAGCCAUACUUGGGACAGCCUUGACUGGCAGUAUUAGUCAGUCGGUGGAUGCCCACAAUUUCAUCCAGCCCUUCAUUCGAGAACUUGACUUGAAGAGCUAUCAUGACAUUUACGAAGUUUCCAUGCAAGAUUAUACUGACGCCGUCAUAUUUGCCAACAAUAUCUCCAGGGAAGCCCAAGAUUCCUUGAAAGAAUUACGAUUUUUAUUCCGACUACACCUAAUGGCGAGAAAGGUCUUCCUUUGUGAUCUACUUGCACUUCACACAGGCUCCACAUGGUACAACAUUCGUCAGUGGAGAAGAAUACUACAACUUCUGCAGGAAUCUGAAGCAGGAAUCUCUCGGGGCGCCCACGUAGUUCGUGCGGCUCUUGUCCGAGAAGAAUUUGGUGACGGCUCUCAUACCAGGACCGGCGAGGAGAGCGCGUCCAAUGAGACCGGCCUGGAAAUUAUGACUCCACAGAAACGACACACUAUGGCGCAAAUGCGUCGUUUUGACGCCGUCGUCAACUCCAUCCGCUCUCUCAACGCUAAAGUACAUUUACUCAAAGAGGAAAUGCAAAGAUCAUCGGCGACUGAAGACGACUCGACCUUCAGCAUGGCUAUUACCCGUAGCUAUGAGAGCUUGGGUGCAGAAAUCCGUAGCACGUUGAGCCAAUGGGAGAAGGGAAGGAAUACGAUGUUCCUCAACAUGGAUGCCGAUCUUGAACGAAGAUCUUCAAGAGCAUCUAGUGACAUUCGGUCUCCUGGGUCCCCCUCUCCUAGCAGUCUCGGUGGACUGACCAUCGUCGAUGGCGGUCCUGCGGAGGCGUUCCGACUAUUGAGUGGCGACGAAAGGGGCUCCUCUGACGGUGGGCUAGACGAGGAGGUGUUUGAGGCUGUGGCCAUGCCACGAAAGAGGAUGUCAUGGACACCAAUGAGCCGUGAAGAAAAACUUAGCAAGUUACAGCAGGACCGCAAAAAACGCGCGACCAUGCAAGAGCAUGCCGACAACACGACCAACAUGCUCCGCGAGCUGCAGAUGGUCAUCAAACACCGUCCCAAUAUGGCUCGACCAGAAACACGAGUGACCUCGAUAUGAGGUCCACAUUGGCCCCUUGAGAGUCGGUCUACCCUCCUCCAAGGUGUAACCUUUCUCCAUUCCAGCCUCCCACAUAAUGUCACGUCGGCAACAGGCGUAAACAACAUUCACGAAUCUCAUAGGCGGGAGUUAUUUUGUUCUUUCAUACCAUUCAAUUCAAAUACUAAUAGGGAUAAGGGUGUCUAAAAGCAAACUCGGCAUUAGCAGGCAAAAGUUAGAUCUUUGGCUUGAGCGCGAUUUGAGCAUUGGAGCACGGUUUGACCGUCCAUUAGCCCUCUCUUGGCCAGCAGCGGAUCCGAUCAUCAAACAGAUUGUUGAUUCCACCUGCUGUGCAAUGUCCUUGAGAUGGGAGCAACGGUCCACAUUUGAUAGAGCUGGGGAAAAAGUCAAGGACUUGGUGCCGUCGAGGUUGUAAUCCAGGAUGAGAGUCGGUGGUUAUGCCACAGUCCCAGGCGAGAGAAGUCCGAGAAUCAUAUGAAUUCUAGAUAUUUAACCGUCAGGAAUGUCGAAAGCGAUAAGCAGCCAAGAUAUAGGCUUCAGAUAUACCUAAGCUUGACCUCACAAUAAUACG